AUGGACUCCAUGCGAUCAUUGAACACCUCUUUGCCGAGCUCAACGCCUCGCACGCAGCCCCCGGAGCAACUUCUCCAACAGUUCAAGGCGGCGGCACUAUCCGUCACCAAUCUCUACAAGAAUGCUGUGUGUGAGCAAGCUCAGGCGCGAUCAGCUGGAUACCAGGAGGCGGUAGAGGACCUGCUCCAUUUCCUUGACCGCGAGAACCUCGGACUCGGGGACGGAGAGGGGUGGAAAGUUCGACAAUGGGCAACUGAGAGGUGUGAUGGGACCGCAAGCCAGACCAGCGACGAGGAUACAGAGGCCGACAAGCACGAUCGAAGUGCCACACCAACGGCUACCCGGAAGGACUCAUCUCCUGCCGACCAACCCCGCCAGACUCCUACCUCGGCUCAGACACCCACACCCAAGCCUGAAUUGUCCACAACCCCCACACAACCUCAUGAAACACCCUCACUUGCCACACCCGCCAUCUUCACUUUCUCCGCCGGCCCAGCAUACCCCGAAAAUGACAUGGACGUGCAAUCCGACAACUCAGCUAUGAACACGCAAGAGGGUGCCCCUCUGAGCGUUUCUGUCAUGCCACGCAAUACUCGCCCGCACCACCGUCACAACAACCAUGCACGAGCGAACCCACGUCCAUCUCAGCGGGAAUCACCUGCUAGCAUCGGCUCCAAGAGAAAAUUCACCUUCCCCGAUUUCUUUGACUUGUCAGGGCUCAACAACGGUCGAGAUAUGGGCGGAGGAGGAAAACGAGGCCGCUUUACCUAG